GACUGGUCGUGAGGAGCUACUGCAGCGCUUCAGGAUCGGAAAGUGAACCCGGAGCCAGUGAAACCUGAAGGCUAAAGGCGAGUCAGGAUGGAGCGGAUGUCUGAGGAGGCGCUUAGGCUGAACCUGCUCAAGCGGGGGCUGGAGGUGCCGGACGACAGAGAGGAGGCCCUGGCUAAGCGCCUCAAGAUGGAAGGCCACGAGGCUAUGGAGCGCCUUAAAAUGCUCGCCCUGCUCAAACGCAAAGACUUGGCAGCCCUGGAGGGGGCCGCGGCGGUGGCUGCAGCCAUGGGUGAGGGCAAAGGCCCUGGGGGAAGCCAGGGGCUGGUGACACUCUCUACCUACGAGGAAAAGAUGAAUGGAAGCCUGCGAGGAGGGGGAAGCCACGGAGGCCCCAGUAAGAAUGGAAAAGAGAACAUGGCAGAUGAACCUGUGGACAUGAGUGCCAAGAGGAGUGAUUUGGACCGAGAAAGGCGCACUCCAUCUCCAGACGUGAUCAUCCUGUCGGACAACGAGGCCUCCAGCCCUCGCGGAACCCCCCACCCCGAGGAGAGGCAUCACCGUGCCAACCUGGAGAUGUUCAAGGGGAAGACAGGAGAGGAGAGACAGCAGAUGAUCAAAGCUCUUAGAGAGGAGUUGAGGCUGGAGGAGGCCAGACUGGUUCUGCUGAAGAAACUGAGACAGAGUCAGAUUCAGAAAGAGAACGUGGUCCAGAAGGUGCCUGUUGUCCAGAACGCCCCGUCCUCUGUCCAGCCUUCUCCCAUCCACAGCUCUCAGGGGCUGGGCAAACUGCCCGUGCGUCCUGGCCUCCACGCCUCAGAGCCCCAGAACCUCCGCACGGCACAGAGCCACACAGUGAUCAGGUCAGCUGCCAACGCUGCCCUGCCCCCCAUGAUGAUGUCACAACGGGUCAUUGCCCCCAACCCCGCCCAGCUGCAGGGCCAGAGGUUGCCCUCUAAACCAGGGAUGGGCAGAGCCUCCACAGGGGGCAUGAGCAAUGCUGUUAGCUACCAGCAGGCGACCAGCCAGCAGGUGGCGGCCUCUCAGCGCUCUGGCUCCUCCUCAGCCAUGUACAUGAACCUGGCACACAUGCAGGCUGCGGGCGCGGCCGGCGUGACCGGGGUGGGCGUGGGCGUGGGAGGAGUGGGUGCGGUGAGCCCCUCCACCCUGUCCAGUGCUUCCUCCACCGUGGGCUCUCUGAACGACCAGGCCAGCAGUCAGGCGGCGGCCAAACUGGCCUUGAGAAAGCAGCUGGAGAAGACCCUCCUGGAGAUCCCCCCACCCAAACCUCCGGCCCCGCUCCUGCACUUCCUGCCCUCAGCAGCCAACAGCGAGUUCAUCUACAUGGUGGGGCUGGAGGAGGUGGUUCAAAGUGUCAUCGACAGCCAGGGUAAAUUACGGGGGUCACUGUCCCGCAUGGAGCCUUUCUUCUGUGCUCAGUGUAGGACUGACUUCACCCCCCACUGGAAACAGGAAAAAAGCGGACGCAUCCUCUGCGAGCAGUGCAUGACGUCCAAUCAGAAGAAAGCCCUGAAAGCUGAGCACACCAACAGGCUGAAGAACGCGUUCGUCAAGGCCCUGCAGCAAGAGCAGGAGAUAGAGCAGAGGCUCCAGCAGCAGGCUGCCCUGUCCCCCAGCUCUGCUCAGACGGUCACCAGCGUUAGCAAGGCCGAGACCUUGAUCAGACACCAUGCUCUCCGACAGGCCCCCCAGCCCCAGGCGGCUCUGCAGCGGGGUCUGACCAGCUCAGCACGGGGAGUCCUCUCCAACUUCGCCCAGGCGUCUCAGCUGUCUGUGCCCAGCGGCUUGCUGGGGAUGACGGGGCUGAACAUUGCCUAUCUGAACCCGGGGGGAGUUGGGGGACACAAGGCGUCCAGUCUUGCAGACCGACAGAGGGAGUAUCUGCUGGACAUGAUUCCGCCGCGUUCCAUAUCCCAGUCCAUCACUGGGCAGAAAUGAGCUCUUUCAGGGCCC